UAAUCAUGUGGCGGGGGCGAGCAAACGGUCACCCAUGGGCACCUUAGCCGCGGCGAUUUCCGUAGUCGCCGUCUCGCCGGCGUCCAGCCACGCCGGUGGCCGACGACACCGCCGCGGCUCUGUCGCCAUCCGCUGCUCGUCCGCGGCCAACGAGCGGCAGGCCCUCUUCAGCCGCAUCGCCCCCGUCUACGACCAUUGCUGCGUCCCUUGCAGCUCAACGACGUGCUCAGCCUGGGGCAGCACCGGACGUGGAAGCGCAUCUGCGUCUCUUGGUCCAUGGCGAAGAGAGGUGAUCGGGUUCUUGAUCUCUGCUGCGGGAGCGGGGAUUUGGCGUUCCUUCUGUCUCAGAAAGUAGGACUAGAUGGAGAGGUGAUGGCUGUCGAUUUCUCAAGGCAACAACUGCAAACUGCUGCUAGCCGUCGGGAUCAACGCUGGAACUCUUGCUACAAGAACAUCAACUGGAUCGAGGGCGAUGCACUUGAUUUACCUUUCACAGACUGCUACUUUGAUGCUGUUACGGUUGGUUAUGGAUUGCGCAAUGUGGUUGACAAACCCAAAGCAAUGCGAGAGAUUUUUAGGGUCCUUAAACCAGGAACAAGAGCAUCUGUUCUCGAUUUUAACAAGAGCUCAUCAUUUUUCACAACAUCGUUGCAGAGUUGGGCGAUCGAUAAUGUUGUGGUUCCUCUAGCUAGUGGUUAUGGACUUACUGAAGAGUACAAGUACUUGAAAAGUUCGAUAUCACAGUACCUUACAGGAGAGGAGUUGGAGAAGUUAGCCAAAGAAGUCGGGUUCUCUUCCGCCAAGCACUAUGAACUUGGCGGAGGGCUCAUGGGGAACUUAGUCACAACUCGUUGAGUAGAAUUGUAGCGAUGAAACUCUCUAUAUGCUUUGUGUGAAUUUUGUGAGUUAGAUUCCUUUUCUUCUACAUCAUUCGAGUAUCCAGUUUUGCUGAUCCCAUAAGGAGCCAUGCUCCAACUUUCCCAGAUGUGCAUUUCCCCUGUUUGAGUAAGAAAGGCAUGGAAACACGUAUGGCCUGCCGCUCA